GCAAUGAAAAUGGAGUGCAUAAUUUGUUUGUUGUCGUUUGUUAAAGUAGACAUUUGAAUACACAGUUUAUGCGGAAACUAGUCCGCCCUAGUGGCAGUAGAUCUCGUUCUUUCAACUAGUUGCUGUUCGGCUUAUAAGAAGGCGUCCCUCUCUCUCUUGCUUCACAGUUCUUGCGUGUAUUUAAAACGAGUGGACUAAUGGAUGAAGGAACCCGUGCAAAACUUUAACAUCCCUAUUUUGAACAUUUUGAAUGAUUUGAGAAGACCAAUUUCAAUUCAUUCAAAAAAUCUGUGAAGACUGCAAAUAAUGGCAGAAGCUAACACCACCAGUGGGGGAGGCAGCAGCAGCAGCCCGUCACACAGUGUGCUCACCUUGGAACAGGUGAGCAGGCUGCACGAUGUACUGACUGAGGUGGUCCCCGUGCAUGGCCGGGGCAACUUCCCCACGCUAGAGGUGCGUCUCAAGGACAUCAUCCAGAUGGUGCGCUCACGUCUGGAGGAGCGGGGCAUCCGCGUGAAGGACGUACGGCUCAAUGGCUCCACAGCCAGCCACGUGCUGGUGCAGGACAUCGGCUGGAGCUACAAGGACCUGGACGUGAUCUUCCGCGUGGACUUGCCGCGCGAGUCCGAGUACCAGCUGGUGAAGGAGGUAGUGCUUGGCACACUGCUGGACUUCCUUCCCGAGGGCGUCAACAAGGAGAAGAUCACGCCCAUGACUCUCAAGGAAGCGUAUGUGCAGAAACUGGUCAAGGUGUCCACCGAGCAGGACCGCUGGAGCCUGAUCUCGCUGUCCAACAACAAUGGGCGCAACGUGGAGCUCAAGUUUGUGGACUUCAUCCGCCGGCAGUUUGAGUUCAGCGUGGACUCCUUCCAGAUCGUACUGGACUCGCUGCUGGCGUGCUACGAGCACUCGCCCGAGUGCCCCCUGGACGGCCCCGUCCAGCCCACCGUGGUAGGCGAGAGCGUCUACGGGGACUUUGCGGCGGCCCUGGGGCAUCUGCGCAACAAGCUGAUCGCCACCAAGCGGCCAGAGGAGAUCCGCGGCGGCGGCUUGCUCAAGUACUGCAACCUGCUGGUGCGCGACUUCCGGCCCACGGACGAGGAGGAGUUCAAGGGCCUGGAGCGCUACAUGUGCUCACGCUUCUUCAUCGACUUUCCCGACCUGGGCGAGCAGCAGCGUAAGCUGGAGGCCUACCUGCAGAGCCACUUUGUCGGCGAGGAGAAGAGCAAGUACGACUACCUCAUGAUCCUGCGCCGCGUGGUCAACGAGAGCACCGUGUGCCUGAUGGGCCACGAGCGGCGCCAGACGCUCAACCUCAUCUCGCUCAUCGCCUUCCGGGCUCUGGCCGAGCAGAAUGCCAUCCCGGACGCGUCCAGCGUCACCUGCUACUACCAGCCGGCGCCCUACGUGCGGGACGCCAACUUCAGCAACUACUACGUGGCCUCAUGCAACCAGUCCAUCCCCACGUGGCUGCCGUGCAACUGACCCGGGUUGAAUGGCAGCACUGUGGAUGGAUUGUAAUAAACAAAAAAAACCCUAAAACAACACAAA